UUCACACUUUCGCCGAUCGCCAGCUCUGAACUCGUCACCGUCUCUUCUCUGAACUCGUCUCCGUCUCCGUCUCGAUUUCGUUUCGCAGAGACACACGUCAUGGCUACAUUACCACUGCCACUUACUAUCCUAUCUUUGGUUGCGGCAGGAAUCGUAGCAGGCCACAACGUCACCAUCUCUCUAUUGGACUCCGCUAUUGCCAGAGGAGCUGUCUGUCUAGACGGCACCCCUCCGGCCUAUGCUUAUAGCCCAGGGUUCGGAGACGGAUACGACAACUGGCACGUAUUCCUACAGGGUGGUGGGUGGUGCCAGAAUGUAGAUGCCUGCCUCGAUAGAGCCAGAAGUUCCAAUGGAAGUAGUGCUAAGCUUAUGUCGACGCAGAAUGGUAUCGUAUCCUUUGGAGGGAUGCUCGACGCCAAUUCCACCUUUAAUCCUGAUUUCUACAAUUGGCACGUGGUCAAAAUCUUCUACUGUGACGGCUCUUCUCUCAUGUCCGAUGUUGAGGAUGUAGACCCGAAAUACAACCUGACUUACAGAGGUGCGAGAAUAUAUGAUGCCAUGAUGGAUGAGCUUCUACGAAUCGGAAUGGGAAAUGCUAAAAAUGCUUUAUUGUCAGGCACUUCGGCAGGUGGAUUAGCCACUACUUUACAUUGUGAUAAGUUCCAUCCAAUCGUUGUUUCACAACACAACUAGGGUGAAGUGCGUGUCUGAUUCAGGCUUUUUUGUUCAUGGAGAGCAUUUUAUGGGAGCUGAUUGGAGAGAAGCUUUCUUCUUUAAUGUGAUAUCAGCACAUG